AUUCUCAUGAGUAAAUUUGCAGGGGAAUCAUAAAGAAGAAUAGACUCUGUUUACAAAGCUGAAGAAGCAACUGGUAGCAAAAAUUGCAUCUUUUCCUAAGGUAAGCUUAAAGUCACAAAAAAGACUUAAUCUGUAGAGUUAAAAAAACUUGCAUAUUUCUUGCAAGCUUAUAAAUACCAAAUACCGUGUUUAGUCGGGAUUUCAGGGAGUUGCAGGAUCCUAGACUCUAAAAGAGGAGAUCAUCUUUUAAUUACCACCCUGAAAGAGAAAGGAGACUCAAGAAUGGAAGGGCAACUCCUGUGUUGUAGGGAUGUGCAAGAGCCAUUCUGCGGCAGUAGGUAUUCAGAAGCAAAGCCAAAGUGUUCCUGAAAUGACAAAGAAUUGGGUGACUUUCAGGAAUGCAGGCUCUGUGAAGUUAGUGCUCAGAGUCAGUGAUAUGCUUGUUCUGAGUGUAUGCAUGUUCUGAGUUUUUUGAAGGGAAAGGGACAGUGGUGGUGGUGGAUUAAUCACUUACGCUGUGUUACACCUUUCCACUUUAAACAGUAGCUUAUGAUUAUUUAGCCCACAUUUGCUUUCAGGUAAAACCAAGAUAAGUCAGCAAAUAUUUGCUUUUUCUGAGAAUAAUGUUCCUACCAGCAUUACAGUUUUAGGGAGCAGUUCUAUAAUGUUUACGGUUUCCACUGCUUGGAGAUUUCUGUAUGUUUAUUCCUGGAUUAGACUCAAAGUAAGCUGAUUUUGUCAAGCCACCCAUUUCAUCUGGCGAUUUUAGUAUUGUGUUGUUGCAGCUGACUUGCAUGCAUAAGGAAUUACUGCAGUUAACAGCUCAUAGGAAUGUUUUGGUUAUGAAUACACUUUCAGCAUGUCUCCAAUGAAGACUAUGUCAGAGAGUCACAAUGACCUUGCACAAUAGCAGUACAACCUUGCCUUUGUUUCCAAACAUCAGCACCUCCUGGAUACACAGCCCAUCAGAAGCAGGGCUACCCCCAGGGACAGUCACUCAUUUCGGCAGCUACAACAUUUCACAAGCAGCUGGGAAUUUCUCCUCCUUAAAUGGUACCACCAGUGACCCGCUAGGAGGUCAUACCAUCUGGCAAGUGGUCUUUAUCGCAUUCUUAACGGGCUUCUUGGCCCUGGUGACCAUCAUCGGCAACAUCUUAGUCAUAGUGUCAUUUAAGGUCAACAAACAGCUGAAGACAGUCAACAACUACUUCCUCCUAAGCCUGGCCUGUGCCGAUCUGAUCAUCGGGGUCAUUUCCAUGAAUCUGUUUACUACCUACAUCAUCAUGAACAGAUGGGCUUUGGGGAACUUGGCCUGUGACCUCUGGCUUUCCAUUGAUUAUGUGGCCAGCAAUGCCUCUGUCAUGAACCUUCUGGUCAUUAGCUUUGACAGGUACUUUUCCAUCACAAGGCCACUCACCUAUCGAGCCAAAAGAACAACAAAGAGAGCUGGUGUGAUGAUUGGUCUGGCUUGGGUCAUCUCUUUUGUCCUUUGGGCUCCUGCCAUCUUGUUCUGGCAGUAUUUUGUGGGGAAGCGAACUGUGCCUCCUGGGGAGUGCUUCAUUCAGUUCCUCAGUGAGCCCACCAUCACCUUUGGCACGGCCAUUGCUGCCUUUUAUAUGCCUGUCACCAUUAUGACUAUUUUGUACUGGAGAAUCUAUAAGGAAACUGAAAAACGUACCAAAGAGCUCGCUGGCCUGCAGGCCUCUGGGACAGAAGCAGAGACAGAAAACUUUGUCCAUCCCACAGGCAGUUCUCGAAGCUGCAGCAGCUAUGAACUACAGCAGCAAAGCCUGAAGCACUCAUCCAGGAGAAAAUACAGCCGCUGCCACUUCUGGUUUGCAACCAAGAGCUGGAAGCCCAACGCUGAGCAGAUGGACCAAGACCACAGCAGUAGUGACAGCUGGAACAACAAUGAUGCUGCUGCCUCCCUGGAAAACUCUGCCUCCUCCGAUGAGGAGGACAUUGGCUCAGAGACAAGAGCUAUCUACUCUAUUGUGCUCAAGCUUCCAGGACACAGCACCAUCCUCAACUCCACCAAACUGCCCUCCUCUGACAACCUGCAAGUACCUGAGGAGGACUUGGAGCCAAUGGACAUGGAGAGAAAUGCCAGUAAGCCUCAGACCCAAAAAAGUAUGGAUGACGGCGGCAGUUUUCAAAAAAGCUUCUCCAAUCUUCCCAUCCAGUUGGAGUCCACCAUGGACACAGCCAAGACUUCUGAUGCCAACUCCUCAGUGAGUAAGACCAUGGCCACUCUACCUCUGUCUUUCAAGGAAGCCACACUGGCCAAGAGGUUUGCUCUGAAGACCAGAAGUCAGAUCACAAAGCGGAAGAGGAUGUCCCUCAUCAAGGAAAAGAAGGCAGCGCAGACCCUCAGCGCCAUCUUACUUGCCUUCAUCAUUACGUGGACCCCCUACAACAUCAUGGUUCUGGUGAAUACGUUUUGUGACAGCUGCAUACCCAAAACCUAUUGGAAUCUGGGCUACUGGCUGUGCUACAUCAACAGCACCGUGAACCCCGUGUGCUAUGCCCUGUGCAACAAAACCUUCAGAAACACCUUCAAGAUGCUACUGCUGUGCCAGUGUGAUAAGAGGAAGAGACGUAAGCAGCAGUACCAGCAGAGACAGUCGGUCAUUUUCCACAAGCGCGUGCCAGAGCAGGCCUUGUAGAAGGAGGUUUGAUCCAUAGUAGAGACAAAACGCACACAUCAACCCACAGACCUUAGGAGAAAUAAGGUGAGGGUGGGGGUCAUUCCUGGUGGUGAUAAAAAAAAUUUUUAUCAUCCACAUGUGGAAGAAGCUGCCUGUUUACUGACCCACUGAAUAAACUGAUUUUAACAUAAAAAGUCAAAUACCAAGUCAGCAAAAAAAAAAAAAAAAAAAAAAAAAAGCCUACUACUGAAUAUAAAGAAAUUUAUUCUGAAACAGACGUCAAUUGUUGUUUUGGUUUUGGUUUUGUUUUUUUCUUAAAGAGGAAAAAAAAUAUUGCUUCACAGCAAAUUGAUUUGCCUGAGUCUUUUAAUUCCCGUUAGUUCUGGAAUCGCAGAUAAGCCUAGCCUGCCUGGUUGUGCUGUUCUUCCCAAGGAUUCCAAGUGCCGACGCAGACCACAUGUGGAACACAGUAGGCUCAUAAAUCUGUGGUUCUGAAAUUAUGCCGUAUGUCGCAAAGCUGAACCUUCUUGUCCCAAUAGAGCUUCCGUCCUCUCUUUGAUGUGUUGUUGAACUUUAUUUGUGGACUUAAUUCCUGAUUCUUGCAAAAUACUGUUUUGUGAGUUGAAGUUUCAUACAAAUAAAAAUGUAUAAGUAUACAUAUAUAUAUAUAUAUAUAUAUCUGUGUGUGUGAGUUGCACACACACAUAGUGUAUAUAGUAUAAUGGGAGGCACUGAACUGGCAAAUUAUUCCUGCAAUAUACGCUUUCAGUACUUUGGUAACUGAAGUUCUCUAGGAUCCUAUACAAUAUAAAAGUGAAAUAAACCCAGUUUAACAUUUUUGACACUGGGUCUGUUUUCCACAAACUACCCUGAAGACUAUUCAGCAGAGAGCAGCCAGGCCAUCCCAGCAGACCUGUGCAGAGCGGAUAGCCUCGAGUCAGUCGGGCAGCAUGGCUCAGCUGCACUCGGGGCGUAAGCAGUCUCCUUUACUGACCUCUCCACCCACAGAGCUAACUUGGGGCCCCUCUGAGCUAAGGAAUGAACCACAUCCACAGGUUUGGAUUUAGUCACCCAAAUCUCAAUGUUUCAAAACAAAAUGUCUGCAACCUAAACUACUUUGACAUCAAUCCUAGUGUCAUGUUUGAAUGUCACACUCAGCAAUAUAUACUGCAAAGCAAAAGAAACACUGGGGUGGGGAGGGGAGGAAGAAAAUGUUGUAUUUACAUUUUUGCUACCUGGCAUCUUCUAUAAGAAACUAGGGCGACCCCUGUUGCUUAGAAGUGGCCAGGCCUUUCUGGCCUUCUGGCCUUUCAUGUGUAACUUUUACCCAGGAAUAGAUGGACUAGGAAGUGACCUGGCCUCCGAAGAAAGAAUUACACUUGGAAAGUAUUGCUUCAAAUUGAUUUCCUUACCUUUUGAAAACUAAGUUUGUAUUAUCCUUUGAAUUGCUCCCAGUGCUCCUUGUUUUCUCCAGGGGAUGGGAGGGGUCCUGCUGCUCUCGCUGUUGUCUCACUGCUGCUGUCAUUGUAGGGUUCCUCCUUUUCCCUUUGCUGGGGCUGUGUGGGGAGUGGGAGGUGGGGUGGGGGGUGGGAAGGCACGGAGCCCUCUUCCCUGCAUCCCGGCAUCUGUGUGGUAGGUAGACCCAGAGCUGGGACCCAAGCUGCUUUUGUAUUCAGUGUGAGGUGGUGUUUACAGACAACUUUGAGCAGUGGACGUGUACUCAGUGGUGUGUGUGUAUCUGAUCUAUUUAAUGUCAUGUUAUGUUUAUAUGAAGAAAUAUUUAUGCAUACUUCACCAAAUGUUUAUUUAAUGUUGAUAAAUAUGACUUCUUCAGUCAUGGUAUCCUUUAAAAGUGAUUCUUUUAAGCUCCAUUUGAGCAGUGAGUCCAUUGAGCUUUCCUGUGAUGAAGAAGAAGAAGAAAAAUGUCAUCUUGUUGGCAUCUGCAAGUGCCUAGCUCUUUCUAGGUAGUAAAAUGUCAACUGUCGCUUCAACAUAAAUGUUUAAAAGCACUCAAAUUAAACCUGAUGGGUUCUGAACAAGGCACCCCCAUCUUUGUGUAUGAAAUCAUAUUACAAAGGGGGAAAGCAAAUUGUAAGAAUUUUAUUUUAAUUUUUGGCCCACAUUCAACCAAAGAACAAGAAAAACCAGAGACUAUUUUCUAAUGUGUAUAGCAAACUACAGAAUGUUAUAUACCCACUUGUGAAAUGUCCAGCAGGUGAUUGCAACUAUAUUGUAUUACUCAAAUUGACCAGGCACUAGUAAAUAUGUGAAUGCUGAUUCAAGUCUCCCAGUAGAUCAGUAAUCCCCAGCCUUACAGGAAAUUUCCACUCUGCCUCUUCUAAAGAGUUGUUCCCUGUUUAAAAAAAAAAUUUUUUUUAAUUAAAUUUAAGAAACAAAGGAACCCUGAGCUUAGAUAAAAUUUAAAGGAUUAAUUAGUAUUCCAUUUAAACAUGAGUAUCUCCUGGUUCUUGUCCAUUUAUGAGAUGGUAAUGAUAGAAAAGGAACAAACCCAAGACUCUAGCUCCCCUUUUUUGCUGCUGGUUUUGUAGUAUUGUUUUUAAAACCUCUUACAGAUGAAAGCUGCUCCUAAUUAUUAAUGGCUGACCCUUGAUACAAAGAUACAGCCAAUUCUCGGGCCCUCUUCAGAAAGGAAAACAAGCAAAAUAGACUUAUUUGAAUAUGAAAUUUAGAAGUUUCACUGAAAACGUAGUGAGUGUUUGCAACAGAACAUUAGUUACACAUGCGUUUCUCAUAGCACUUGUCGUUACAGGAGGUCAGCAUUGACAAAAGAUGAAAACAUCUUGAUCUCCAAUCUUGGAACUGAACUGUUUCAUCCCACAGUCCCACGUGAAUGAGGUUUGCAGUUACAGGAUUAUCUACUUCAAGUGAAAGCAGGAAAUAAAGCAUACCCUGGAGACAUGAAUCUCUCCCCUUCUCCUCACUCCCCUACACUCAUUCAUAUACACCACACACGCACACUCUGUUCACACAUGCACACUCUGUUCUCCAAACCUCAAUGGAUGAACAGAAGUAAGCACCCUUUUCCGUCUUUUUUGACUCUGCUUUCUUUUGCCCAUUUUUUGCCCUGUGGCCUUGAUGAUCUUUCUCCCUCCUGCUUGAAUCACCCUUCGUCUCUCAAACUCAACCUUCACUCUAUAUUGGCUCCAUUUUAUUCGUAUCUCAAUAGCUGAUAGCGCUAGAUUCUAACCAAAAGAAAGCAGACCAAAAGCCACAAGCAUCAGACGCUACCAUGAUUAAAGACCCACAAGGCAUAUGAACACUCCAUCCCACUUCCUGUGCUGCAGAAAGGCAGGUCCUGUGGCUCUGCCAAGAGGGAACAGAUGCUCCAUGCAGAGGGAGAGAGGCAGGAGGGCUGGAUGCUGCUGCAAAACUGGCUGCUUUAGCUCUGUCUUCAGGAAGAAAGAGAGGAUCCCCCAGGCUCUGGCCCAGCAGUGAAACCUGAUGCAGAUGGUAGUGAGACAGAGGAGGAGCCAGGAUCAUCCAGGGUGUCCUGGGCUUAAUUGCAUAGAGAUGACUCUAACACGGGGACAUGUGUCUGCGAGAUGGAAAGUCUAGUCUGGCUCUGGUAACGUGUGAGGACAAGUGGGGGUGUGCAAUAGAGUAAAGAAGCACUGACCUGAGAAUAAGCAGGGCUGACUUCUUGGUCUCUUUUUUGGUCUCCUGUCACCGUUCAGUGCAUGUCCUCAGACAUGUCUGUCUCUUAACCCAGGCUUUCCCCAGGCUCACACUAAACAAUAACACUUAUACACCUCUAAUUGACUGUUUUUUUCUGUUUUUGCAGUACCAAUGAAUGAACCUAGGCCUUUCACACCGAGCUACAUCUCCAGCCCUUUUUACAUUUCUUAUUCUAAGACAGAGUUUCACUAAGUCCCAAAUUUCCUGGGCUGGACUCAGACCUUGAUCCUCCUGCCUCAGCUUCCCAGAGGACUGGGAUUACAGACAUCCACUACCAUGCCUCUCUAACUUACCUUCUGAUAGCCAACAGGCCAAAAUGAAGGAGUAGUCUGACCUUCAGAGCUACCAUAAUGAAUGUACCAUGGAAAAUAUGGUGAAUGCUUGAAAUUCUCAGGUUUCAUUCAUGCAUAGAGUUACUCAGAUUUUUCAACACAACAAACUCUAUCGAGCUCUUGAAAUUUGUUGGUAAAGUAAAACUGGAGUUCUAUUGUUUAAAUGUUCCAGUCUGAAAACUGCACCUGAGCUUGGACAGUCUGAGCUGCUGGGUAGCAGAAGUUUGUUUUGGCUGGGCACAUGUCUGUAAUCCCAGAAUUUAUCAAUUUAGCAAGACACUGUAAGGUUGAGGGUGUAGCUCAGUGUGGAGACUCUGGGUUCAAUCCCCCAUGCCACACACAAAAAGUUUGUUAUGAUUUUGCAGUGGUAUUUCUCACAGUAGGACUGAAGUUUAAUAGUCCUACUCGAGGUGGUUAUCCUAAAAACUAAAAAGCAUUUAAAGUUACAGUUUCUUCAAGCUAAAUCAUCCUACUGCUGCCAUCUCCUCCAAGAGUAUUUUUCUCCACUGCACUGUGCAGCAAACCUGUCUAAACAGGGAUUAAUUCCAGUCAAUAAGAGUCUAAAGAUAGUCUGUCUCCUUUGCCUCUGCACGUCAGGCUCAUGUUCUCUUCUUUUGUGUUUGUGACUUUAAAAUGCUACGUAAGCAAAUACUCCAGACCUGAGAAACAGGUUCUGAGAAUGGUAACCCAGUGCUCAUCAGGACUAGAGAAUUUUUUUUCUGGCUUCAGUGUUGCCAUCUGAGAAAGGAGGUUCAUGUUAAAUAGUAAAGUAAAUAAAGAGGGCAAAGUUCAUAAAAUGGCGAUACUCAGUGUAAGUCUGUAGCAACACAAUUUUUAGUGGACGAGCUUCCGAAUGAGCAGUGCGUGUGCUGUCAGACGUGCAUCACAAUUCAGAGCUUCACACACAGAGGUUCAUAGGGCACUUGGGUGGGUGGAAGUAGACGUCCAAAUGCUUUAGUACAGCAAUAGGCCUGUUGCUCUACUGAAAACUCAAGAGACUCAGCUCAGAGCUCUGACACUACCCUUCGGAAACGGUCCAAGAGCACCCUAAAUAAUGACCCAGAGAUCCCAGGAGACUCACAUCUCAGUUGCACAACAUUCUACAUGAAAAGCUAAUGCAAGAGAUAGAAAAGGUAGCCACACUCUCAGCUGGAAAAAAAAGUAUUUGUAAAAUUUUCCCCAUCCAAAUGAGAACCCAAUAACCCUAUCUUAAACUAAAAAGAUCAUCUCUAGAGUAUAAAAGUUUAUUAUUUUCUUAAAGCCCAAAAUACUUGGCAGCUCUGCAAUUCACACACCAAACUCCAAACUAUUUUCCUCUGAAAUUCUGUGAGUUCCUCAAUAAUGGAAAAUGGAUCUUUCUCAGCUCUCUGUUUCCCUGUGGCUGGGAUACAGCAAGCAUUCAAUAAAUGAUCUGGAAUGCUUAAUGACUUAUUGGUGGAACAAAUGUUCAUCCGAAAGCCGUGCACAUCACUGUUGUGCACUGCUGGUGUAAUCAGGAGUCAUUUGAUUGAGAAGGAAAGACUGGUUGGUUCCUAAAUAUGAUUAUCUAAUUAAAUAUUACUGAGCAGGAAAGAGAAAUACAGUAGCUUAAACAUCUGAAGUAGUGAAUAAUUUAGAGUCUGAAAAAGAAAAAAAAAUGUACUCUCUUCAAUCCCUAGAACUCCACAACUUUUAAAAGAUCAGGCAAUAAAGAGAAACCCACUCGGUGCCCGCCCUGCACAGAGAACUGCGGGCCCAAGAUUCCGCAAAUACAAGUUUCUGUUUAUACCAGUGAAGAUCUGCGGUGUAGCUUAGAACAUCCACAUGCCAUUUUGCUUGGUGUGGAGAGUUAUCAGGAGAGAAUCAUUUAUCCUGUUCUACAAACAAUUAAACAAAUGUCGUCUUUUAUAUUUAUUUCUUGCCCAAAACACAGCCACUUUCAGCCUCCUGUGUACAGCAAUCCAGAGACAUUUUUGUAGGGCUUCUGCUUAGAGCUUUGGGAAGGGCACAGUCUAAGCAAGUUCCUUAUUGCUUUUAUAUAUGCAAACCGUCACCACAUUUGGUGCAGACUUGAGGGGUAAUUGCAUUGAAAGGAGCUUCCGAGUUGGUGAAUCUGCAUGAUGAUUACUGCUGGCAGGAAGCUUUUGGGGACACUUUUGUUUAGAGACUCUCUCACCCUUCUAACUCUGGAGAAUGAAUAUAGAGAAGCCACUGUACAAAGCGAGAGGGGUGUGUAUUUGAACUGUAAGCAAAGGGCAUGUAUUCUAUUUGCAUUGAAAACAGUGUCCACAUCUUUGCCAAAGGCACUGAAUUUUACCGUUUUUUAUUAUUUGCUCAUGGCCAGCACUUCCUCAGUAAACCAGUGUCACAAUCCAUUUUGUUAUUUUUCCUACAGACAAGUCCGUCUUCUGUACUGUAAAAUGAUGCCUGCAAAUUUGUGGUGAAUAUUAUUCCCAAGUUUCACAGUGACAUAAGUAAAUAAAAUGAUUAUUGAACAAA